GAGCUGCCCGCGGCGAGCGUCGACGUGCGGCGGGUAGGCCACGUGCUGCCGGCGCUGCGGAGGGCGACGCGCCUGCGGGCAGGCGGCGGCGCGGAGCUGCGGGCCUGGAGGCGGGCUCAGACGGAGAUGCUGCAGCGGACGCUGCCGAUACGCUCGUGGCCGUGCGUGCCUCGCGAGGGCGGCGCCGGCUGCGCUCAGAGCUUCGGGACGGGUGCGUGGCCCACCUUCGACGACGUGUUCUGGGCGCACUUUUCCGAACGCUUCAGGGAUCCGACGUGGUAUCUGGGGCUGGUGUACAUCCCGAUUCCCUGGCAUCUCGUGGUGGAGAAUUAUGUCUACAAGAAUAGCACAAGUGUGCCGCGGGGCAUGGCCGUUCAGCUUUUGGAGUCCCUUGACCACAGCGAGUUUCAGUACUUCACUGUGAUGACACAGGCGUGCGCGUACCAGCUGCCAGAUAACAAAAUUAAUUGGACCAACGUGCUGAUAUUUGACUCGCGUGGUGCUGAUUGUUUUCAGACCGUUCCCCACCGCAUACCUAUCCCUUUACUCCGUACGUCAGCGGUCUCGCAUGCGACGAGAGAAGAGAGAGACAGAGAUGUGUUCUUCGCCGGCUCUUGUCAUUUCAGCAUGUCGCGAUCGCGAUUGGGACCAGGGAAGGAUCUGCCACCAGAACAUGCACAUGCCGCAGCGCGGUAUAAUUGGAUCAUUCGCAGAUGUAGCAACCACACGGAUGAUCUGCUCCCUUUUGAAGAGUAUCUCCAACACCUCUACAAUUCCACGUGGGCGGUGGCUGCGUCGGGAUGCUAUCCGCCGUCUUUUGGUUUGUACGAGAUCGUGCAAUCAGGCGCUCUGCCAAUCAUAAUUGCCAGUUCGAUUGGAGAUGACAAGGCUUACAAGCAGUCUCGUGGUGCUCCGACCUGGUGCUCCCCCCCAAUGGUCAGCGAAGAUUUGUCAGACCCUUUUGUUUGGCUUCCGUACCGGGACCUCGGAAUCAGGUGGAACGAUUUCGGGGUGGUGACAGCGAUGAGUGAGCUCCAGGAGUUGAAGGCGUUCAUCGAGAGCAUGUCAGACGAAGAAGUGAAGCGACGUUAUGCCCUCCUGCGCAAGUACCAGCCCCUAUUCACGCCCAGCGGUCUCAUUGUGUACAUUGAGUUCAUGCUGAGCGAGGCCCUCCGAUCGCCCUCUCUCGCAGAUCUUACCGCGAGGACGAAAGCCUACGGCCGAGCCGUGGACGCGUCGAAUCUUCAUUGUGAGGGCCAUGGCCGAGAGGGGAGACCAGUUGAUUCUUUUCAAUCCAAAGGGAGAGACCGUGUGGCAUAG